UCUGUCAUCGGAAUAACAUGAUAUUCCAUAAAAUUAAAUAAUUUUUUUUCCUAUUUCAAUCGUUAUUGUUCUUGCGUAUGCGUAACGUACAAUUAAUGACGAGUAAUAUAAAGUCACGGUUUUAAUUCUAUCUCAUCGGAAAACAGUGCAGUCAUUUUGCAGAAGUGGAAGAGUGUCAGAGAAGGAGGCUGACGGAAUUGUUGAAAUUGCGCAUUUACAUAACCACCAGAAAAACUUGAAGUAUUGCGUGCAGCAAGGCGAAUGGCAAGGACUGCAGAUUAUUCGUAUCAGUUGUGGAGCAUUCAUCUGGUGCCGCUGACUGCUCUGUAAUCUUCGUUGUUCCAAAUUUGAGGCGAAAAUGGAAUUUUUCACUUUAACAACAUUGAUCUUAUCAUUUCCGAUUAUUGUUCUGUUCAUCUUUGAUUACUACCUUCAUCAUAACAGGAGAGGAAUAUUGGUGGAUAAGAUUCCCGGGCCCAAAGCUUUUCCGAUGCUUGGAAAUGCGUUGGAUGUUAACGUGCCCUACGAACAACUGUGGCACUUUUUGAGAAAUUCAGCGAGGGACUACUAUCCUGUUUAUAAAUUCUGGAUUCUUAACUGGCCGGUCAUCAAUAUUCGACAUCCUGAUGAUCUUGAGAUACUUCUACCAAGCAACAAACACAUCGAGAAAAGUCUUUUCUACGACCUCCUCCAUUCGUGGCUAAACGAUGGCCUCCUCACCAGUACAGGUGAUAAGUGGCGAGGACGUAGGAAAAUUCUCACUCCCGCAUUCCACUUCAAUGUCCUGGAAGAAUUUGUUGACACAUUCGUUGAACAUACGGAUAGACUUGUGGAAAAUUUAUUAGCUGAGGCGCAAUCUGGCGAUGUUGUCAAGGAACUUCUGCCCAUAUUUUCAAAGUUCACACUUGGAACAAUUUGUGAGACAGCUAUGGGAACUACUUUUGAUGAGAAAAACAAAAUUCAGAACGAGUACAGAAAGGCGAUUCAUGACAUUGGAAAUCUGUUCUAUUGGAGAGCAACGAAGCCUUGGCUCAAAAGUGAUUUCAUUUAUUCGAUGACAACUAGAGGCAAGCAACAGGCGAAAAUCAUCAAGAAUCUGCAAGAUUUCACAAUGACGAUAAUCGAGGAACGAAAGCAGUAUCAUGACUCGACCGGCGGAAAAUAUCUAAAUGAAUUUUCAGCAGAAGAUACGGAAAACAAAAGUGUACCUGCAGAGCUGAGGAAGAGUCGCAGACGACUCGCCUUUCUCGACUUGUUGAUUGCAGCGUCGCGCAACGGUCAAGGGAUUGAUGACCACGGGAUACAAGAAGAAGUGGCCACUUUUGUUUUCGAAGGUCACGAUACCACUGCUGCGGCUCUGCUUUUCUUAUCACUAGUUCUGGCAGAGCACACAGACAUCCAGAACCGUUGCAGGGAAGAAAUACAAGAAGUCAUGAGGGGGAAAGUCAGUGAGAAGAUGAAUAUAAGAGAUGUGCAGAAACUGAAUUACCUUGAACGAUGCAUCAAAGAAUCCCUGCGACUAUAUCCUAGUGUACCUACAAUCGGUCGGAAAGUAAUCGAGGACUUACAAUUGAAAACUUGCUUCGUACCUAAAGGAACUAUAAUAAACAUUCAUCUUUUCGACACUCAUCGAGAUCCAAAUUACUGGCCUCGACCAAAUGUCUUCGAUCCCGAUAGAUUUUUACCAGAAAAUUCAAAGGGAAGACAUCCAUUCGCUUACGUACCAUUCAGUGCUGGACCAAGAAAUUGUAUUGGACAAAAGUUUGCAAUGUUGGAAUUGAAAACGCUAAUAGCAGGAUUGCUUCUCAAUUUUUACCUCGAACCAAUGGAGUUGGCUGCUCAUGUACGAAUAGUGCCUGAUUUGGUCUUGAGAACUGCCCAUCCAGUGCCUCUCAAAUUUGUUCCAAUUCGUAAAUGAGUUAUGUUGUAAAGAAUGAGAAUAUUCAUGGUCUUUAAUGAUAUUAUUUUGUCGUCAUACCUUUAGAGGAUCAGAAGAAAAACCAGUGAUGAUUUAAAAUGAGUUUUUAAUAUCUUGAAUAUCUGCUCUUUAGAUUUUUUUUAUUAUUCUCUAAAGUGCUGGAAUCCCAAUUGUGGAUUAUUCACACUGUCGUUGCUGUUUUACAUUUCUCAAUUUGUUACACUUACUGGAGUUGGUCUUCUUUUUACAGUUUAGAUAUUUUGUUCACAUUUUUUAAGGUAUUCACAAAUUACUUCUAUGUAUUUAUGGUCAGUUGCUUCUGCAGCUCUUUCGAUUGAAGAGAAUAAUGUAAAGUAGGAACCCUUUUAUAAUGAAUAAAUGUUCAUUCCGAAGAUUA